UUAUACUUCGCCUCAGAAGGAGGGCACUUGCAGCUAGUAGAAGCACUGCUCGAGGAAGGUGCAGAUGUUAACCGUAGGUGUGGUCUACAUGGCACAGCACUUCAAGCAGCUGUAAAAAAAGAGAACCGUCAAAUGGUAGAAUUGCUCCUCAACAACUCAAAGACCUUUGUUAACAGUUUUUCUUCUGAAAUUGGCACGGCGCUUAACACCGCUGCAUGUACUGGUAAUUUGAACAUAGUGAAGCUCCUACACGAGAAGGGCGCUAACAUUAAU